UUUGUGGAAUCCAACACCAUCGAUAACACCCAAUCCCAGGCAAUUGCUUCGACUCAUCUUCCGACGCUAGUCCACGAGAGGCACGGAAAGGGCGACGGACCAGUAGUGCGCAGAGCCUGGCUGUGGAAGCUUCAUCGACUUGCAUCUAUUGUCGCUGUCGACAAGACUGAGCCGAAAUUUUGUCACGAUGGACGGCAUCCUCGACUUCAGCAAAGACCUCGACAUUGGCCUUCUCGACAAUGUCGUGAGGGCCAUGUACACGGGCGCUGGCAACGAUCAGAAGAUGGCCCAGCAAGCGCUCGCUCAAUUUCAGGAGCACCCAGACGCCUGGCAGCGAGUGCCAGCCAUCUUGCAGCAGUCGUCGAGCGCGCAUACGAAGUACAUUGCUCUCCAGAUCUUGGACAAGCUUAUUGCGACGAGAUGGAAGGCGCUGCCUCAAGAUCAACAACAGGGCAUUCGGAACUUCAUCGUCGAAACCAUUCUUCAGGUCUCUUCGGAGGAAGGAUUGCUCCGUUCUGAAAAGACUUACAUCAACAAGCUUGACAUGACCUUGAUUCAGAUCCUCAAACAAGAGUGGCCUCACCGCUGGCCCACCUUCAUUCCCGACAUCGUCUCUUCGUCGCGCACCUCGCUGUCAAUCUGCGAAAACAACAUGGCUAUCCUUCGCCUGCUGUCCGAGGAAAUCUUUGACUUUUCUGCUGAGCAGAUGACGCAGGCAAAGACAAAGAACCUCAAGAAUCAAAUGUGCGGCGAGUUUUCGGAGGUCUUCCAGCUCUGCAGCGAGGUGCUGGAAAAGGCACAGAAGCCGAGCUUGAUCAAGGCUACGCUCGAGACGAUGCUCCGCUUCCUCAACUGGAUCCCACUUGGCUACAUCUUCGAGACAAAUGUCAUCGACCACCUCAUCAACCGGUUCCUGGAGGUGCCAGAGUUCCGGAACGUGACACUCAAGUGUCUGUCCGAGAUCGCAGGCUUGCAAGUCGGGCCAGAGUACGACGCAAAGUUUGUCGUCCUUUUCAACAUGGUCAUGACGGCAGUCAACCGAAUGAUUCCGCCAAGCACAAACGUCGCUUCUGCAUACGAAAGCUCGUCGGACUCGGACCAAGAGCUGAUCCUCAACCUCUCGCUCUUCCUCAGCAACUUCCUAAUGACACACCUGCGGCUGGUUGAGAACCCCGAAAACAAGGACGUACUUCUCAACGCCCACCUCUACCUGAUCAAAGUAUCCCAGGUGCCAGAGCGGGAGGUCUUUAAAAUUUGCCUCGAAUAUUGGAGCAAGCUCGUCAGCGAGCUCUACGACGAGAUCCAGCAACUUCCAAUCACCGAAAUGAACCCCUUGCUCGGACUUAAUCUCGGCAACGGGAAUCACGCAGGGCAGGGAAACCUGAAUUUGCGCAAGAAUAUCUAUGCCGACAUCUUGAGCAAUUUGAGACUCGUCAUGAUCGAAAAGAUGGUUAAGCCAGAAGAGGUCCUCAUCGUGGAGAAUGACGAGGGAGAAAUCGUGCGAGAGUUUAUGAAAGAGAGUGAUACAAUCGUCCUGUACAAGUCGAUGCGAGAGGUUCUCGUAUACCUUACCCACCUUGACGUGCUGGAUACGGAGACGAUAAUGACCGAAAAGCUGGCGAGACAGGUCGACGGCUCGGAAUGGUCAUGGGCCAAUCUCAACACCCUCUGCUGGGCGAUCGGAAGUAUAUCGGGUGCCAUGAAUGAGGACCAAGAGAAGAGAUUCCUCGUGACGGUCAUCAAAGACCUCUUGGGGCUUUGCGAGAUGAAGCGGGGAAAGGACAACAAAGCGGUCGUGGCGAGCAACAUCAUGUACAUCGUCGGUCAAUAUCCGAGAUUUUUAAAGGCCCACUGGAAGUUCCUCAAGACAGUCGUCAACAAGAACUUCGAGUUUAUGCACGAGACGCACGAAGGCGUCCAAGACAUGGCAUGCGACACAUUCAUCAAGAUCGCGCAAAAGUGCAGGCGGCACUUUGUGAUGCAGCAGUCUGGCGAGACGGAGCCUUUCAUUGAUGAAAUUCUGCGGACAUUGCCACGCAUCACCAUCGACCUAUCACCGCACCAGGUCCACACCUUCUACGAGGCCGUAGGCUACAUGAUUGCGGCGCAACCCAAUAAACCGACACAGGAGCGACUCAUUGCAAAGCUGAUGGAGCUACCGAAUACUGCGUGGGACUCGUUGAUGCAGCAGGCGCACAAUAACGUCGACGUUUUCGGUAAUUCCGACAACAUCAAAAUCUUGUCCAACAUCCUCAAGACCAACGUGUCGGCAUGCACGUCGAUUGGCUCUUAUUUUUUGCCCCAGAUAGGGCGCAUCUACCUCGACAUGCUGGCGUUGUACCGCAGCGUUAGCGGUCUGAUCAGCGCCAAGGUCGAGUCGGAAGGCCUGAUCGCCACCAAGACGCCCGUCGUCCGUGGCCUUCGGACGAUCAAAAAGGACAUCCUGCGCCUCGUCGAGACAUACGUCAAACGAGCCGAGGACCUGAAUUCUGUCAACGAAAACCUUAUCCCCUCGCUCCUCGAUGCCAUCCUAGGAGACUAUCACAAUAACGUGGCACCUGCACGAGACGCCGAGGUUCUCAACGUCAUGGCCACAAUUACGACGAGACUUGGUUCUCUCUUGACCGACAAGGUGUCGCCCAUCAUGGACGCCGUCUUCUCGCCUACGCUCAGCAUGAUCUCGUCAGACUUUGCAGAGUACCCCGAGCAUCGAGUGGGCUUCUUCCGGCUGCUGCGCGCCAUCAACGUGCACUGCUUCACCGCGAUUCUGGCGCUGCCCCCCGAGAAGUUCAAGCUGUGCAUCGACGCGGGCGUGUGGGCCAUUAAGCACACGAUGCGAGACAUUGCCGACACGGGCCUCCAGAUUAUGCUCGAGCUCAUCACCAACAUCUCCAACCAGGACCAGUCAGUGGCGUCGGGCUUCUACCAGCAGUACCUCCUGAGCAUCAUCCAGGACACGUUCUACGUCCUCUGCGAGCCCGACCACAAGGCUGGCUUCAAGACCCAGUGCGCUGUUCUGGCCAAGAUCUACGAGCUCAUCGAGACAGGCAAGGUGCAGGUCCCUCUUGGACCCGACUCAAGCGUCGACAAUCGCACCUUCAUUCGUCAGUACACGUCGUCGCUUCUCAAGAAUGCCUUUCCGCAAAUGUCUCCUGCCUACGUCGACGAGUUCACCAACGGCCUCUGCCAGCACUCCUCGGACCUCUCUGCUUACAAGUUGCACUUGCGAGACUUCCUCAUCGCCUCGCGCGAAGCGGGCGGAACGGCAGGCGAAGACAACAACGCCGACCUAUUUGUCGAGGACAAGGAAGCGGAGCGGGCAGCCCAGGCCGCAAAGGAAAAGGAGCAAGCGGCCAAGAUCCCUGGAAUGCUCAAGCCGACCGAGAUGAAGGACGAGGACGAGGAACUGUGACUCGGAGCCUGGGACGAGCUCCUCUAUUGACCUGUCUGCUCCUUCGUGUGUAUCCAUUUCUUCUUUCCACCACCCCCCCCCCCCCCCCACCCA